AUGCAUAUGAGCUAUGAGCCGCUAGCUCCCCCAGCUGAGGAGUAUCCUUACUACCCUUACUCGAAGUUUGCGGCGACGAACGGCGAGGAAUGGGAGGCGUGGGUCGAACAAAACUAUCCCGACCUGCCCGGCAACGAGGUUUUGACCAAAAUGCGUAACUUUGACACCAUCCAGAAGGCAAUAUACCCCCUGCUUUCCGAUCAGGGAAUGGAUAAGAACGCCUUCCUCAACUCGCUGCAGCACGAAAUCGAGGAGAUGGACGAUGGCGAGGUUGAGACUGUGUUUACCGUACUUUCAAUGCGGGAGAGGAAGCACGCAUACAACAUUUACCUGCUCAAGAAGAAGGUGGCCGAAAAGGGAUUGCACCAGGCUAACGCAGAGGAGGUGAAGAGCAAGGAGGCGUACUUCCACAUGGCUGGCCUCGGCGCGGCGCUUCUCUCGGGCGCGGGCACUGUCCUCGCCGGUGCAAGCUAUUUCCUCUCCAACCCCGGCCCUGUUGGCGCCACGUCACUCCUAGCUGCGGGUGUUGGUUACAAGCUUGCACAGGACGGCUGGGGUCCGUUUAGCUCGGCUGGCUACGUGGCUGCCAAUCUUGCAGCCGCAGUAACUGGGGUCGACGACGAGAAGAGCAACUUUGAGGUGAGCAAGCAACUCACUGUCCAAGCGCGCGGAAGAAAGCGGCGGUUUGAGCACGAGUUGCAUGAGGCGGAAGGCAAGCACGCCACACGAUCCAAUAUGUACAAAACAAAGGAAUUUCGUGUUAUGCUCUACCCUGUCACCCUCUCGACCCAUUUGACUUUACCGACGCUUUCCCACACGCCCAUCGGCAUGCCGACGCCGAUGCAGGAUAAUUUUUUUAAGGAAGCGGAGUAG